UGAGCGCGUAUAUAGGCGAGCGUGGAAAGAGUAAAAUUAAAGGCAACAAGAAGGAACGAGGAUCUUCGAAGUUCGAACGCACUGACCCAGCGUCCUCUCUUUUUCCGCAUUCCCGGAGACGCCGUCGUUUCGCCAGCGCCGGCGCCUCCUCCUCCUCCUCCUCCUCACUCCGACAUGGCCUCCGCCGACAAAACGAAGCCCUCCUCCGCGCUCUCGCUCCCCGUCAGCGUCGUCGUUUUGGGCAUCGCCUUCAUUUACGUCUCCACCGUCUUCGUCUUCAUCGACCGUUGGUUCGGCCUCCUCUCCUCCCCUGGCAUCAUGAACGCCGCCGCCUUCACCGCCCUCGCCGCCGCCUGCGCCCUCACCUACCGCGCCGCCAUUCUCACGGAUCCGGGUCGGGUCCCCUCCACCUACGCCCCCGACGUCGAAGACGUCCACAGCCCCGUCCACGAGAUCAAACGCAAGGGUGGAGAUCUGCGAUAUUGCCAAAAGUGUUCUCACUAUAAACCUCCCCGUGCACAUCAUUGCCGGGUUUGUAAAAGAUGUGUUCUACGAAUGGAUCAUCAUUGCAUUUGGAUAAAUAACUGCGUUGGUCUAGCAAACUAUAAAGUCUUCUUCAUUUCUGUCUUGUAUGCUGUAAUUGCCUGCAUCUACUCCCUGGUCUUACUUGUGGGUAGUCUAACUUAUGAUGGCUCACAAGAUGAAGAGAAAAAUGGAAGCUCUUUCCGAACUGUAUAUGUUCUUUCUGGACUGUUGCUGUUCCCCUUAUCCAUAGGAUUAUGUGUGCUUUUAGGGUGCCAUAUCUAUUUCAUCCUACAUAACAAGACAACAAUAGAGUAUCAUGAAGGAGUGAGAGCUUUGUGGCUUGCAGAGAAAGGUGGGAGUAUCUAUAAACAUCCCUACGACCUUGGCCCGUAUGAGAAUUUGACAUCUGUUUUGGGGCCAAAUAUCCUUAGAUGGCUGUGGCCUACGGGAAACCACAUGGGUUCUGGACUUAAGUACCGCACCAUCUUCGAUCAAGGUGCUUCGACCCCCAAAUGAGGUUUUGGCAUUGCUUCGCAGCGAUUAUUCACUCAUUUGUAUUGUUAUUCAUAUUAACCCUUGUGAUGAAUGAUUGAUUGAUUGAUGGCAAUGCUAAAUGACCGGUGUUGUGCUAUCUCUAGUCCAACAUAUAAAGUAUAUGCUUUCUUAUUGUCGAUCACCCACAAUUGCUGAAGUGUAGGGGUCACGAGCUGUUUGCUGCGUAUAACUGAAGAAAUUGACUUCAAAAAGUGUAUGCCCGUGUGGAUAUUGAUAAUGGUCACUUUUUUUCUACCUCCAUUUUCUUUAUUUUUUUAUUUUUUUAAUUUUUGCCCAUUUGUUAGGCACAGAAUAGGAUUUCUUUCUUGCAUUCCCCUUCUUCCGGUCUUGUUAGGGUCUGGAUGAUGUGGGGUUACAGCUGUAGAGUUCUGCUGAUAAACCUACUGUACAAAUAGAAAUUCUGAAACCGGCUCAUCAAAGAAGUGCGUCAAGGGAUGGCUUAACCUAUGUAAAAGUUGUACUUCUGUAUUCUAGAACUGUAUUUUCUGUAUCUUCGAUGAAAUAAUAUUUGUAUUAACCAUUUUUUCAUUACAUGUAUUAUACAUUUUUUUUCCUAUUGAUAGUAAUACAGUCUUCA